AAUCUCUUAUUACGCUUGGCCCCUUUUUCGUUGCCUUCUUAUUUACUCACUUGCACUUCUUUCGAUCCCCACUCUCUCUCAAGAAUUAUCGGGGACGAAAGUUCGAUAUGGGUCAGAUCCAAUAUUCAGAGAAAUACUUCGAUGACACUUACGAGUACAGACAUGUUGUUCUUCCUCCUGAUGUAGCCAAACUACUCCCCAAGAAUCGUCUCCUCUCUGAGACUGAAUGGCGUGCAAUUGGGGUUCAGCAGAGCCGGGGGUGGGUUCACUAUGCCAUUCAUCGCCCUGAACCACACAUCAUGCUCUUCCGAAGGCCAUUGAACUAUCAGCAGCAGCAAGAGAAUCAGCAAAGCAUGCUUGCUAAGUGAUGUCUUUAAUGUCAAAUGGAGAAUAGGAAAUAUUUACAGUCUAAAAUGUCUUAGGAGUUCUGGUACUGCAUUGUAUUUUAGUUCGCCAUGCCAUUUCUGUGUUUGGCCUUUGUUUGGUGCAUUGCUGUGGUGUUGACAUCUUUCAUGUCAUUGAUACUACUGUUUUAGAUAUUUGGUGGUGGACUUCUGGUGUACUGCCUGGGGAUGAAAAACCACUUGUGGUAUGUGUGAGUGUGAUGAUUAAAAGCUUAUUCUACCAUGUGCUUUAA